UCGUUUAAAAUGCACGACAAUUUUAGAAAUCGCAAUUAUUGUUUUUUUUUUUUAUGGAUCGAAGUUACGUGACUUUGUGUAAUGACAUUUCUUACAUAUUUUGAACCUAUUCUAAGUAAAUGUUAAACAUGAUAUCUAUUUUUCAAAGAAGCAUCGAAACAAUUUAUAAAUCGAAACAUCGACGAAUCGAGUACAGCCGUCGGUCGUAGGUGGACAUUAAAGGAUCGUCCACUUUGAUAUUAAUAUGUGCUGCAGGAAAAUAAUUUCAGCGAAUACUUUCACUUGUCCAGGCUCGGCGAGAACGCUCGCGGUGUCCCGAGGUAAGACGUUACAUGACGCCGACACGCACAAUUUGUCGCGGGGGACCGUCUUCGUUUUCUUCUCUUCGCUUCUCUCCACUUCUUGGUCGCGGAGAAGGGUGCCACUUACGGCGCCACGUCGGGUCAUCAAUCGCUGGCUCGACUCUCGCACGGCGCGGCGUAUUAUACAUCAGCGGCCGCCUCGAAGAGUCGAAGGCCCGCGUUAACGGUUGUUUCUUAACGCGACACGGAGGAAAGGAGGCUUGUGUCCCUCGAGGAGCCGUGUGUUUCUUCGAGUACUACGGAAGGCGCGUUAAGAAUCAGUCUGCUCGUCGAAGCGGCCACUGUCACUUCCGGGCAGCUGUCGGCCGAGGGUAGUCGACUCUUGGCCCGAACACGAAGGCAGCGUUUUGUGCGGUGGGAUCAGCGUGAAUUUUCUUGGACUGAGUGACCGAAUUCUAUAAAAAAAAAGGUCUUUUGAUUUCCAAGGAAUAAAAACCUGCUAUCGGCACGCGAAGCGCGAAGAUUAGGUGGUUCUACUGGAUUUGGGAAUUGAGUAUCUGUCUCGCAAGCAGCGAAUGGGACGCUAAUAUCUCUGAAGCGGAAAGCGGCAGGCCUGCGGGAGAUGUAUCUUGCCGAUAUCCAGGUUUGCGGUUCUUAAUAAAAAAAAAAAAAACGGACAAUUGAUCAUCUUCGGUCAUCCAUCACCAUUGAUACGCGCGUACGCUCCACGAGGAAAAGAAAUCCGCGAUGAUCCCCGUGACUCCUCGAGCCGGCCAAAUUCUGGAGGAGCGCUGACGAAGCGCGGGAGUGCGCGAUCGCAGGCAGAAAAAAAAUGACCGUCGCGAUGGAGCACAAGCGGAAGAGCUCGUGGGACUCGAAGAUUUCAGUGAGCACGGUGAGCACCCGAAGAUUCAGCCGUGCCGGUACACCAAGCUCGAUCCUAUCGUCCGACAGCGACAUUCGUUUCACAAGGAAGCUCGGCGGGCAGUAUCGCUGCGGAUGCUGCGUCCUCGCCGCUUUCUUAUUCUUCCUCCUCUUCUCGGGUAUUUCCAUAUACCUCGGCUACACAUUCCUCACGUCGGAUCCACCUGGGGAUCAGAUAUUUCUCGCGACAUUCCGAGUUACCAAAGGCGAUUCCUUCACCGCGGAGUUGGCUGAUCCCUCUACCGAGGCCUUCCGGAUACGAUCGCGAGAGUACCGCGACCGCCUUAAUCUUAUCUUCCGUCGCAGCUGGCUGAAAUUAUCAUUCCUCGCAGCGGACGUUCUGGCACUCGACGGGGUGGAAGGCCGAGAUUUGGUGGUGCACUUUGACGUAAGGUUUGACCCGCGAUAUCAAACUAUAACUACCGGGAAUAUCGUGGACAUUCUAUCGCGAGAAUUGAAUCCUGAAACCUCGCGGUACCUGGCGAAUCUGACGAUCGAGGCAAAGAGCCUCGAAGUGCAGGAAAGUCUGAAGGCCCUCAACGCGCAGAGCAGUCCGCAGUCGACCGUCUCGACGUUACCGCCGACAACGACGGCCCCUCCGCCAAGAAGAUGCAGCAAGCUGGACUUGUCCUACUGCAAACAUCUGCCUUAUAAUAUCAGCUCAUACCCGAACAUGUUGGGACAUAGAUCGUUGGCGGAUGUCCAGGAGGAUGUUAUCGCUUUUAGAGAAUUGGUGGACGCGGAAUGCUACCCAUUGGCUUACGACUUCGUCUGCCAAGUACUGCAGCCUGCGUGUCGAUCGAGUCAACCGGAGGAUCUGCUGCAACUGCCUUGCAGGAGCUUCUGCAGGGAGUUCUGGAAUGGGUGCGGCAGUCGUCUCCCCGAGAAGAUAAAACACGCCUUGGAUUGCUCCAACUUUCCGGAGUAUGCCGGUCCUGGUAGUUGCAGGCCGAAGCCAGGAUGCGUGCAGGCGCUUCAGUCGAAAGCUUUAUCUCCAAGGAUUUGCGACGGCGUGAUUGAUUGCCCAGAUCUUUCUGAUGAAAAGAAUUGCGCCUACUGCCAGGAUGGUUACAUGCAUUGCGGAGUAGGAAGAAGCUGUGUGCCACAUACGAAGCGAUGUGACGGCAAGAUGGACUGUCCGAACGGCAGCGACGAAAAAGAUUGUCUAUUCUUGGCGCCGAGCGUCCACGAGCUAAAAUCGCAAUCCUGGAGCACGCCGCACGUUGCGAAGUACAACAAAGAGGGGUACGUCGUAUUCAAUGAGAAAGGUACCAUCGGCAAACUUUGUACGGCGAAUUUAAACGCCACUCUACCAGAAACGGAGAUGGAUAAUGUUCUCCAAACAGCAGCAAGCUCAUUGUGUACUCUACUCACAUAUACUGGCGUAGCUUCCGUCGAAGUAAGAACUGAUGACGAAGAGGAUGUCCCGUACGUGUACAUGGAAGAUCCCUCAGCACCGGAAAUCACAUUCGUCCGGGCUCCUUGCCCCAGCAAGGAAGUUCUGUACGUCCGCUGUUCUGAUCUCGAGUGCGGAAUACAAUCUCUACGUGCUAAUGGCGGUACUAAUGGUCUGAAUAAGAUAGCAGAACCUGGCGAUUGGCCUUGGCAUGUUGCACUCUUCAAGGAAGGAGUUCACGUUUGCGAUGCCACUCUCGUGGCAGACAAUUGGUUGCUCACAACCGCGUAUUGCUUCCAAGGUCAACCGAAAGCGGAAUGGUCGGCUCGACUUGGAGUUGUACGACUUUCGAGCACGUCACCCUGGGAACAAGAACGCAGAAUCGUCGGUAUGAUCAAAUCACCGGUGGAGGGCACGACCGUUCUGGUGAAGUUAGAUAGACCGGUGACGACCUUUUCGGACUUCGUGAGACCGGUUUGCCUGCCCUCCAGCGAGGAUCCACCGAGCAACACAUCGCAAUGCAACACUCUUGGUUGGGCGAGAAAUCGCGAUGUGUUACAAAGGGUACAACUCAAACAAAGUGCAAUGGAGAAAUGCGAAAAUAUCAGUAUCCCUUCAGUGAACAGUGUCUGUACCGAGCAAGCAUAUUCUACAGACGAUUGCAACGAAGAAGAACUCGCCGGCAGUUCGAUGCUGUGCCUUCAAGAGGAUGGUCGGAGAUGGGCGCUGACGGGUAUCGGUAGCUGGAGGAUAGCUUGCUCGAAGGACGGCCUCGAGAGACCUCGGUUGUACGAUAAAAUUUCGUCGCAUAUCGAUUGGAUAAAGGCUACCAUUGGUUGAGAAAUCCGUUUACGAGUUAAGACCUGUCUGAACGUACCGCGAACGAGACAUAUGCUCGACACAUGACGGAUCCCGGACGAAAAAUAUGACCGUUGUACUAAAACAUGGGACUGAUGUCGAAAUUGUGAUAGAAAUUUCUAAACUGUUACGCGCGGAGAAUUGUUACUGUACGCCGAUAGAGACUCAAUCACAUCCGUUUUGCACGAAUAUACAUAUAUCGUUACAUAUUGUUAUCAAUACAUGAUUUUAUCAGGUACGACGUAUCCUGUUACUGAUCACCGGAACGUGCAAUCGUAUUCUUGUAAAUACCUAACGUCUUCUUUAUGUCUAGGAUGAAAGUCCUUCGUUACCGUGGCAUAAUUUUUUAACUUAUUUUUCUCGCUCUACAUUUAUUCUACCAUGCGUAUACAUAGUUGCUUUGUAUGUUAUCUCCUAGAUUCAUAUCAUUAUUUUAGCAAUUACGAUGCAUCUAUACGUUUGUAAGAUCGUUUACACA